CAUGGGUGAUAAUAUUCAAAACGACAUCGAAAUUCCAAGCUUUUUCGUGUGCCCAAUUUCGCUAGAGAUGAUGAAAGACCCCGUCACACUCUCAUCAGGAAUCACAUAUGAUCGCGAUAGCAUUGAAAAGUGGUUGUUUUCUCAAAAGAACGAGUUUUGUCCCGUAACCAAACAAGUCGUUGUGGAUAUCGACCUCACACCGAACCACACCCUUCGUCGGUUAAUCCAAUCUUGGUGCACUCUCAAUGCCUCAUUAGGAGUCGAAAGGUUCCCAACUCCACGACCUUCGAUCUCCAAAACCGAUAUCAUAAAACUUCUCAAAGACUCAAAAUCUCCUCACUUGCAAAUGGAUAGUCUAAAAAGACUAAAAACAAUUGUUUUCGAGAACGAAAAGAACAAACGUUUGAUGGAAUCAGUUGGAGCAGUUGAUUACCUAACAACCAUCUUAAACAACAUGUUUAAUGAUAGUAAUGUCGUGACGUCAUCAUCACCUGGAGCCGCGGACGAAGCGUUAACUAUACUUUACCAUCUUAAUCUUUCACAAAUGGGCCUCAAGUCUUUAUUUGGAAAUAAGACAGCAGAUUUUGUAGAAACAUUGACGCGUGUGAUGCAACGCGCCACCAGUUACGACUUACGUGCUUACGCUGUCAUGUUACUAAAAUCGAUGUUUGAGGUGGCGGAGCCCAUGCAAGUGACGUCACUAGACCCUAAAUUCUUCAUGGAGCUAACACAAAUCUUGAAGGAUCAAGUUUCUCAAAAGGCAACACUUAAACUACUAAUAAAUGUUUGUCCGUGGGGCCGGAAUAGGAUCAAAGCGGCCGAGGCAGGGGCGGUCGGGGUGUUAAUCGACACCCUUUUGGAUUGUACCGAAAAGAGGGUAUCCGAGAUGGUGAUAAUUGUUUUGGAUCAAAUUUGUGAGUGUGCGGAAGGAAGGGCGGAGUUAUUGAGCCAUGGAGGUGGUUUAGCGGUUGUUUCUAAAAAGAUUUUUAGGGUUUCGUCGGUGGCAAGCGAGAGGGCGGUGCGGAUGUUGUAUUCGAUAGCCAAGUUUUCGGGUAAUAGAAGUGUCGUGCAAGAGAUGUUAGAGAUAGGGGUGGUGGGAAAGCUUUAUUUGGUGGUGCAAGUAAAUUGUGGUAAGAAGAUGAAGGAUUAUGCAUGGGAGAUUUUGAAGAUGCAUUCUAGGGCUUGGAAGAAUUCUUCUAAUUGUAUGCCUAAUAAUUUGAUUUCUUCAUAUCCAUCUAAUUAAUUAGCUAGCUAGGUUAUAGAUGUUUUAUGAAGUUUUGUA